AUGGGCGUGAUCGUAUCUUUUUUCUCUGAUGAGGGUUUACAGGACCCUAAGAAGCCUGGGGAUCAAGAAAACAAAAAGAAAAGCAGUAAAAAUCGGUACAUUCUACUCGAUUAUAACAAAGUGUACGAAACGAGACAAUACAAACAAGAAUUCUGGAUAUCAAGAACAGCCGAAAUAAGAACAGGCGAGGACAUCGAGAGGACCAUAAAGAGGUCUUCAGUUAAACUGAAAAGCUAUUUGCAAAGACAAAACGGCAAAGCAAUGAACAUUGGAGAAACGCAGACGACAAUUUGCAUGGUGACGUCGGAAAAUGACACAGUCACUAUUUCGAUGUUGUUGCCAGAUGAAUACAAAACUGACCCACCACAGCCCACUGAUAAAGACGUAUUUCUUCACGAGCAUUGUCCAAAGUUGAUUUACGCAAUGAAACUCCAAGGCCCUUGUAAAGAGAGUAACUGGGCAAGAGCCCACAAUGAAAUCAAAGAACAACUUGAUUAUAACGAAGAAGCAUAUUCAGUAGGUGUACACUAUCGCGUGAAGCAGUUUCCAGUUGGAAAUCGAUGGCAAAAUGAAGUAUGGUUUCUUGGCCCUGAUGUUGAUAAAGAGUAUGAAUGUAUUUAA